AAUUUUGUUUUUGUCAUGUCAAGACAAUGAAAAUGUCAAAUUUUUGUAUUUUAUAAUUUAUUUGCGAUUGCGAAAAAAUUCAGAAGUACUUUUUAAGAUGUUUAAAAUGUGUAACUUUCAUUUUAAAAGUAGAAACGUUAAUCAAUGAAUUUGCUAAUCCAGUGUAAUGGCUAUAUUUGAAAAAACAUCUCAAACCAAAGCCAUUGUUGAUGACACCGAGAAACUUAUUUGUGUAGUUGAAAAUGCACAAAAUAUUAAUAAACAUACAGAAUAUGUUUUACGAGUACAAAGAGGGCCUUGCAAAGAAAACAAAUGGAAUGUUCCUCGUAGGUAUAGGGAUUUUGCUGCAUUGCAUUCAUCUCUGCAACCAGCAAACAUUGCACUGCCCCUGCCACCAAAGAAACUUAUUGGGAACAUGCAACCAUCUUUUAUUGCUGAGAGACAAAUUGCUUUACAGAACUAUAUAAAUGAAGUGCUAAAGCAUCAAAUAUUAGCUUUAUCUUUGCAAGUAAGAAGUUUUUUAGAUCCAAACAACUAUUCAUUAAACAUUACAGAACAAGCCCUGCAGACUAUGUCAAUUGCAUUACGAGGGCAUGGAAGAUAUGAGCUAAAGUGUCCUUUGUCAGAUGUAGGUUGGAGGAUACGUAAACACUACUUUUUAGUAACAGAUGCAGAAAGUAGAACAAAUUGCUUAUUGUCCUGGCAGAAUUAUGGACCUGAUAAAUAUUUGAGUGAGAAAGAAAUGCAGACUGCUUUCAAGAGCUUACUGAAUAUUUCUCAUCCUUAUAUAGACCAAAUAUUAGCAAUUCACAAUUUAGAAACUGGUGCCUAUGUAGUUAGAAGAAUACAUGAAAAUGGAAGUCUCCGAGAUAUGUUAUAUGGAACUGAUUAUGAUAAGAAUUAUUUAAGUAAAUAUGGAAAUCCAAAAGUGAGGAAACCUUUGACCGAUGGGCAGAUAUCUCACUAUGGAUAUCAAAUGUUACAAGCAUUGAAGUUUUUACAUGAUAAAGGCUUACCACACGGUCACAUACACCCUGGCAACAUAGCUAUAGAAAACCAGAGGGUGCUUUUAAUGGAUAUAGAGAAUAUAAUAAUAGGAGUCCCGUGUUUGUACCGGCCUCAGUUACUGGAGCUCAGGCGGACCGCAACCGCUGAAGCGGUAGACGUCUACUGCUUCGGUCACACUCUUUACGAGAUGGCAUUCGCGAGACCCCUCCAUGAUCAUUACUGUGACAUAUACCCCGACGGAAUCUCAAAUGAAUUGGAAUCUGUAUUGAGAUUGUGUUUGUCAAGCACGUCAUGCAAGCACGGCGGACCUUCGUUGUUACAUCUGUUGGCGCAUCCAUUUUUCUCCCGCGCUCCUCUAAACGGUCUGACAAGCAUGCACGACGACGAACGUGCCCAUUUGAAGUUUCCGCUUCCCAUUAAAGACGAACUGAAGGCAGCUGUAGCUCAGAUGGAGUCGAGAUUAAAAAGCGAUCAAAAAUUGGUUCGCAGUACGAAAAGAGAAGUACGUAUACAGGAGAUACUCAGUUCUGAAGAAGAAUUAAGGAAGCAAAAACGACGAGCGAAAAAACGCGAAAGUGUAUGGAAGUCGACGUCGUCGUUAGCAGAGACGGUGCGGUCGCAAAGCGCCAGUACAGCUUCAUCGCCGACGCCGCCAUCUAUACCUGGCGAACCGACCGGGAAUGGAGCCUGCACUCCGGCAUCUGGGGCCGCCGCAGGGAUUACUCCGCCAGCGGGCGCAGCGCGAGAGUCAAGCGGCCGCGCUGCACUCCUUGACGCCAUUUGCUCUUUCGACAAGUCACGUCUCGCGCGUGUCAACUCGCGGUGAGACUAGUCCACACCACCGCAUUCCAGUUUAAAAACUUUUCUGCCAGUCGUCCAAUGGAUAGUUCUAGUCAUGUAAUCGUUUGGGGCAUGCUAAAGCCAUUAGACCACUGGUUGACUCUUACACUGUGAUAAUACAGUUCGUGGUAAACAUUUUGAACAAAACCAUAGAUAGUGAAGUCUAUUCAGUAGUAAUUUUCACGUGACCUGCAAUUGUUCAAAUUAUUUGCCUUUAAGUACUACCAUAGUCUAAAAAACAAACACGUCUAGACAGUACAAUGUGUCGUAUAUUUUUAUGAAAUCGUUUGGGAUAUGCUAAAGAGAAAUUGAAACACUGGUUGUUUUCUAUACUAUGGUACAGACUUCGCUUCCCCUUCUGUUUCCAAAUGACCAAUAAAAAAAUUGGAUAUUUUGUAUAUUAAAAUAUCCAGUAUUUGAUACAUGCCAUACAUCCCACAUAGAUUACAUUGCUGCUAUUUGUUCUUAGUGUGCAGUUAUAAAAAAUUCAACAUCUUAAAUAAAAAAAUGUAUAGCCAUUAGUAAUAUGUAAUUAUAUUAAAAAGUAUUUUUUUUUUUCUUUUUUUAAAACGCCUCAGUAAAAAGCAUUUUCUAUAUUUUGUCCUUCUUAAUUUUGACUGCACUUUGAUCUGUAUCUUCAUAUGAGACAAUAUUAUUAUUAUUAUAUUAUUUAAUAUUUUUAUUAUUAUAAAAUAUCAAUAUUAUGAAUAAUGUAUUAUUUAUGUUAAUUAUUUCCAUCUAUUUACUGGCCUACUAUUAUAAAAUUGUACAAUACAAAGUUAUAUAGUGUUUUUCUUGGCAUAUUUAGUAAAAAAUCUGGAUGGCGUUAACAUACUAUGUGUUAUACGAGUAUAGGAGAGCUGCCUUUUAAGUUGUGUCUUUUGAAAUAAGUAUAGACAAUCUAAUAGAUUAUUACCAUUUAUUAUGCUCAAAAACAUUUUCGUUUGGCGAGCGGUGUGGGAUCUUGGAUUGUCAUAGUGCAGUAUCAUACGACGUCUUGAAUUGUUUUUUCGAAAUUCGGUGAUGACUUGUGGCAAACAAACAGCGGUCUUGUUUUGUUCUAGCACAAUAGUGGCGACGUGACCACCCUUUGCCACAAACGAGGCAACCAUUUUUUUUCGAAGUGCUCCAUGAGCGUAUGACUUUGGUCGGUUUUGGCUCAUCCUGGAAGACCCAGACAGUUGACCGCUGCUUAGAAUCUGGAUCAUAAGCAUAUAUCCAAGACACCACUUACCAUAUCAUAAACAUGCAUUGACUCGCUUCGGUUGAAUUGCUGCAGAGUUUUGCGACACCAAAUAACACGGCUUGUUUUUUGUCGUCGCUAAGCAAAUGUGGUAUCCAACGAGAGAUCAACUUUCUUACACCAUUUCUUCGUGUAGGAUUUUUUGGACAGAGGUCCCUGAAAUGCCCACGGAUGCCUCUAUUUCACAGUACGUCACAUGACGGUCUUCGAGGGUUAGCUGCACCACGGCUUCGAUAUUCUCUUGCGUCAUGGUGGUUUUUGGACGACCUUCACAUAGCUUGUCACUGAGGCUAGAGUGCCCACGUUAAAAUUCUAAAUACUAGCGUUUUACAAUCUUAAGACAUGGUGCUGCAUCACUGAACACAAAGGUGAUCUCCUCAAAGCACUGAAGUUGCGAUAAUCCUCUUUGAAAGUUGUAGAAAAUUAUCGCACACAAAUUUUCCUUAAAUAUUGUGUGCGACUUCUCACCUUUGAAUAGACGAUACAAUAAAACUAUUCGCCCAAUCUGAAAACAUUCUUUUAUUUUCGACUAAAUUCAAAAAGAUGAAAUUGCCAUGUGGUUUUUUUUUUUAUAAUCCCGGGAGGUUGGCAAACGACACGACUUAAAAGGUAGUCUUACGUGCUUACACCGUAACCACUUGAAGAUAUGAACAAUACGUUUUAAUAAUUUUGCGUUUAUUAUUAAAUAUACCAAGUAAAAAACUACAUUAUUAAAUAGCGCAAUUAAUUAAUGCGUUUAUGAAAUGAAUGACUGCAUUUUUAUAUUUGUACUAAGGAAGUAUUAACGAAUGUUUAGAUUUAACGUUAGUAGAAUAGGGUGCAAAAUUUGUAUUUGAUAAAUAAAAAACGUGCAACUCUUCGUCAGAUUAAUUGAGGUGUCGAUAUUAUCGUUACUAUCACGUAAUAUUGCUAGUACUGUAAUAUUUGUUUAUAUAUUUAUAUGAGGGAAUCUUAAUAAAAUUUAUAAUAUAUGGAAUGAAAAAAAAAACAUCAACAAUCAAUUUCCGUUCCGAAUCUUAUAACGUACAAAAAAAAAGAAACGAAGAUGAAUUGAAAAUAACCUCUAUUUUUAAACUGGUGAAAAUAUAUUUGGAUUUUCCACCGGGUAAAUUAUAAGUACAGUAAAUUAUGAAAAUAUAAAUGCAUAAAAAGCAAGUUAUCAAUCGUGAAUUCGUUGACGCCUCAUUAAUUAGGAUGUUCGAUUUUUUUUUUUACAAUUAUUAUUAAUCUUAUUUUUAAAAUGUAUGUUAAUUUUUUAACGACGUUUAAAUGCAUGCACAACUGGAAUUUUAUGAAGUUACUGUGUUUAUUAUCGGAGAUACAUUUAUUAUUAUUAUAAAAAGGUUUUUGCCAGUUUAAAAAAAAAGGUUUUUCGAUUGAAGCAGUUCUACAUUUGCAAAGUAAAAUUUCCCUAAUAAUAAUCCCUGACAACCUGUGCAUUUGCUAAAAUUCUUGUAAUUAUAGCAUGUAUGUGUUGUGACUUCUUGGUAGAAUUUAAUUAUACAUUAUACUCGUAUUAUAAUUAUUUGUGGGUUUUACUCACGUUUUAAAUUCGGGGAUGCUUGACUAAUUUUGAACUCAAUAGGAGCCCUUAUUCAUGAGCACGGUUCACGGCUGUGUCGCGAGCAGCACUGCGCGACCUCGUACAUGUCGUAUACCUUAUACUCGUAUUAACGGAGGACAAAAUUUGCAAUGCAAUUUUAAGUGGUUUGUUUUAAUGGUCAAAACUAAAGUACCAUUAUCGAGGUUUGUCCUUCUGUACUGUACACUACUUCAUUUAAUUUUGGCUUUUUUUUUCUAAAAAUAUUUUAAUAUGUUCCAAUAUAUGGUGUUAAAUGAUUUUAUGUAAUUUUAUAGCAUGAGCGAACAGAAUGUGAUAUUAAAUUGUUAUUUACAUAUAUCUGAAUAAUUUAUAUUUUGGAUAACGAACAAAUGAGAACGAUCAAAAUUGCGCAUUAUAAUUAAUGAUUUUUAAGUGAUUUCGUGGUAGAUGUAAGAGUCAAUGUGGAUAUAUUUUAUAUCAAUGAAAAUAGUAAACAAACUUGUGGCCCACCUGAUGGGAAAUUGUAAGCCUAUAAUAAUGUAGAUUCGAACGAUGCAUAUAACCCAUUACCGGAUAAUUUAUGGAGUAUAGAAAGUUAAUAUGAUAUAUUAUGUCUCGAGACUCCUCUGCCCUCAGGAAAGAUUGUCCUAUACUAAAAUGUUACUUAUAUAAUACGAAAACACCAAAUUAAGUACUUUUUGACGGGUGCUGGGCCCAUAACCUGAGAUUGUGUGCUUAUACAAGUAUAUUGCUAAUCAAAAGGUGCAUUAUGGCUUGUGAUAAUUCUAGAAUAUUUUAUUAUUGCUCAAUUUUUUUUUUUUUUAUUUCUCCAUGUAUUCCAAUUACAAGUGCACACGAUGGUUAAUUCAUAUUUAUACUUUUUUAUUUUUCUGUUUUAUAUAUUCCAUAAGACAAUAUAAGAGACAAUAUCUGUGUCUGUAGUACAAAAAUUGUAGUUGCGUUUUUUUUUUUCGGUGACUAUGAUAAUACAAAUUUAGAAUAUCCCAUAACCUUUAUAUAAAUAAUAAUAUAUUUUUUCUUUAGGUAUAAUAUAAAAAAAUACUGGCUAUAUUUUUUGUUUUAUAUGCAAAUAUAUUGAUUCUUUAUUUACAAUACACUAUGCGCAUAAUUAUUGGCAUGACUGUAGAUUGCUUUGUAGUUAUACUAUAAUUACGCGCGAAUUUAUAUAUUUCAAAACAAUAUCAACAAGAAAAAACAACAUGAAACAGAUCCUGACCCUGUUAUUCUUGGAUAAAUAGAUAACUUUUUUAUACAUUUGACUAUACGUUUUGUGAUGUCUAUUUUUUAAUGCUAUGUAUGAUUUAUGCUAAAUAACAAAAACCAGAAAUUUCUAAUCUAUUUAACAGUAUGAUCACACUAUCCAUUACCGAUAUAUCGUCAUAGUCGUAGAAUACUGACGGAUCUGACACAGAUUACAUAUAUAGAUCCGUCAGUAUUCUACGACUAUGACGACAUGAUAAUACCGACCCUACUAGCCCUGAUUAUAUAGUGACUCUAAUAUAAAUUAAAGCAGGGGUUUUAAAAGCCACAUGAAUCAUGAUAGAGAAUAACCCACCAAAUUUAAUAGGCCUUUCGCGUUUUGAGCUGACAUUAACAGACUUGUACAAUCACACCGGCAGGUUAUACAAAACAAAUCCUUUUGUGAUGCAUGUCUAGCGAGAUUUUCUACUCCCCUAGAUCUCUGUAUUGAAAUAUGAAAUAACAUUAUUAUAUUAUUAAACAAUUUUUCGGUAUUAUAAUUGGUGUUAUGUAGCUAUUAGUUGCUAGUUAAUUGAAUUAAGCCAAAUAAUUUUAAAUAUAAUGUUUAUGGUUAAGUUGUAUAUAGAACUAUUGAAGCAUUCGGUACAAGAUUGUGAUUGCACGCAUACUGAGGGCCUACCAUGAAAUAUUUUCCGGAAUUUCGGGGCCGAACGAAACAAAUUUGACGUUAAAACACCUCGUUUAAAAAUAUUAAAAUAUCUUACCUUUAGGUUCUUAUAAUAGGAUUUAGAACGAACGAAAUGUUAAGCUCCACUGAGCCAAUUUCGGUAUUAACAAAAACACGCAAUUCGGAAUUUCAUGUCAUGGUGAGACCCCCUGUAUUAUUCCACAAACGUAAAACUUUUAAUAGACCUAUUUUAAUUCUUAGUAUACUUUGGCUCUUUCUGUAAUAGAAAAAAUUUUAUUGGAAUAAAGAGACAUGCCUAA